AUGUCCCUUGUGGAACAGGAUACCAAGACAAUCCCUAGAGAAUCACAUGCUCCACAAUCAGAUAUUCAGGAUCAAGACUUUCCUGGCAAUGCUGCAUGGUUAGCUGGCGAAUCGCGGGCUGAGGAAAGCACCAAAUAUGAUGGCUGUGACAACAUCUUAUUGUGCAAGGAGAUCUUAGAUUCUUCUGCUAUAUUAAAUGACCUUGGAUUGGACUCCACCAAUCUUGAAGACAUUGCAAGCUAUGCUACCCAAAGGGCUAGAAAUGAUAAUGAAUCUUGCGGAAUUUCUGUCCUGGAUUCACUGGAAUUGGAUACUCCUGAUUUUGAUCUUUUUCGUAGCAAUAUUACAAUCAGAGGCAAAGGUGCCAUUGAUGGUCAAGGAUUUGUUUGGUGGAAUAAUGACUCUCCCACUUACAAUCCCACAAAAGUGAUGCUGGAAAGCAAUGGAAGACUUCCUAGCACAAAACCAACAGCACUCAUGUUCUAUGGAAGUGAUGGUGUAGCAAUCACAAACAUAACAAUUCCGAAUAGUCAACAAACCCAUCUCAAGUUUGACUCUUGCACAAAUGUUCAAGUCUCGGGCAUUAGUGUUUCAUCACCUGGUGAUAACCCCAACACUGAUGGAAUUCACAUACAAAAUUCUCAAAACAUGGUUAUCUAUAGCAGCACACUUGCUUGUGGUAAGCAUAAUAAUUAUAUAUAG